AUGUCGGCUGACUCACCCCAUUUCCUCCGGUACGACAUUCCUACGGUAAAAAAGGUUGAUAUAACAAGCUUCUUGAACAACUCGACGGCUAGGAUUACUCCUGUACCAGUAGAUGAAAUGAAAAUCUCUGCCCAUAACAAGGUGGCGUGUCUUUUGUAUACCUCUGGAACUACAGGUCAUCCUAAGGGCGUUAGAGUGACACAAGAAAGCAUCUCUGCUUUCGUGUGUCAUGGAGACGCUGUGACCUUUGGACCUGGUGAUCGAGUAUCUCAAAUUACCAAUUUGGCGUGGGAUGCCCACAUUCUAGAGACUUGGGGUCCAUUACUGCGAGGUGCAACGAUUUGCAGCUUUGAUCGUUUCGAUGUACUCGACCCACUGGUCCUUACUACGCUCUUCAAUGCAAUCGAGGUAUCGCAUAGCUUUAUGACAUGUGCUAUGCUCCGACACGUACUAGGGAAGAGUCCUGGAAUGCUCCAAUCGCUGAAAUUACUGGUCACAGGAGGGGACUCAAUCCGAUACGACGACUACCUUGCAGUCAGGGAUGUCAAUCCCGAGCUGAUUAUUCAGCACGUUUAUGGGCCGAGUGAAUGCUGCGUCUUCACGGUUUUCAAUACCACUCAACUAUCAUCUCAAUUCCCUACUACAGGUACAGUACCGAUAGGGAAGCCGUUAGUCACGACUCAAGUUGUACUACUUGAUCCAAAUGGCCGCUUAGUCCCACCUCUUAUCUGUGGAGAAAUACACAUUCGAGGCUCCUGCAUCGCAGAUGGUUACGAAGGCCAGGAACAAGAAACAAAAGCUGCUUUCAUACCUAAGCAAAUCACGAGUAUCAAUGAUAACCCAUCCCUGUUCUAUCGCACCAAUGAUAAAGCGACAUGGACAUCCAGUGGCCAGCUUGAGUUCUUGGGCCGCCUCGUCUACAACCAAGUCAAAGUACGUGGUCAACGACUCGAAGUCGACGAAGUUGAAGCCAAUAUAGUCAAAGCUACACAAAUAGGCAAUGUAGCUGUCGCGUACUACAGAGGCGAGUAUCAGCGCAACGGAGCUUUACUAGGCUAUUUGGUCCCCGGGUCAAAUUCUCCGUAUUGGCAGCAUUUGGAACGGGAUGAGUCAGUUGUGGUUGAGACGUGGGAGGAAUAUUAUGAUGUCGCAUACACAACUGACGACAUAGUCAGUUACCGCAAAGCGUUCAUCGGCUGGGAUAGCAUGAUCACAGGUCAGCCAAUUCCUCAGGAUGAGAUGGAAUGUGAGUUGUCUAUACUUGUCCCUGUCAUCUCGCGUGACGAUGCUGACACUGCCCGACCGCAAGCCUGGCUCAUGGAUACGCUACGUCCUUUCUUUGCACACAAGCCGCAACAAACCUUCGAGGUGGGUUGCGGUAUCGGAAUCAUUAUUAACGAGACAGUCCAACUGGCAAAACAUUCCUUUGGGAUCGAACCAUCCACGGCAGGUCUGCAGAAGCUACAAGCGCAGCUUUCGCGCGAUGGAUUGGCGGAGAAAGCAUCGUUGUGGCAUGCAAGUGUUGACCAGAUACAGACCCUGCCUGACUUCGAGACUGACUUCAUCUUGAUCAACUCAGUGGCCCAAUACUUCCCGUCACUGCAGUAUCUGGAAAAUGCAAUCCGUAUAUGCAUCGACAGAUGUGGGCCUGGAGGCCACAUCAUGCUCGGGGAUCUUCGAAGUGCGCCACUCAACGACCUCUUAGUCAUAGAUAUCUUGCUUCAUCAGUGGAAAGAUUGCCUUGAUAGGAAGAACAUUCGAGAUCUUCGACAGGAGGUCCACAGAAAGCAACAGUAUGCGACAGAGCUCUUGGUGGACCCAAUGUUCUUCUUCCAGCUACAACAACGUGACUCGCGGAUUACGCACGUGGAGGUCCUCCCAAAGAUCAUGGGUCAGAACAACGAAUUGAGCCGCUAUCGGUACCAAGUUGUCCUGCACAUUCAAGCCCAGGUGUCUUUUGUCUACCCCAACGUGUGGGAGUCUCCUAAAGAUAAUGAUCCCACCUUGAUGUCUCUAACCCAAUUAGUCCGGCAAUUUGUAUUCAGUGACCACGCCAUCCUCGCUAUUGAGCGCAUACCAAAUCGAUUUCUCACCGGGCACGUGCAAAGGCUUCAGGUACUUCGCGCACCAUCCACACACCAGCUCACCAGCCUCACUGAAAUUAUAAGUUCUCCUCCGCAAGCUGUGGGAUGGUCUGCUUCAGAUCUAAGCGACUUGGCAACGCUCCAUGGGCUUUCUCUGCAACUGAGCUAUGCCCGUCAGCAAGAAGGCGGUAUUCUAGACGCGGUUUUCACAAAAGUUUCAACAACUGAGCAAAGAUUUAUAUUCCCGCAGUCUCCCACGGCCGAUUCGUCAGUUUCUCUGAAUCCAGAAGAGGAAGCAUCAUUCAGACGCAAGAAGCUAGACGAUAGUGCUUUCGAGACUAUCACCAAGAUGUUGAAGGCUAUGAUUCCAGACUUUAUGAUUCCAGAACUCUUGUACAUCAUCGAUCAUAUUCCUCUCACCAAAAACGGUAAAAUCGACCGGAAGGUGCUAGCGAACAUUGCAGCUUCCGAUUAUGGAAUUGCUCUGCGGAAGGAAGCAGAAGUAUACGGCUAUAGUAACGAGACUGAACGUGAAGUAUGUGAUGUGUUCACUAAUCUCUUGGGUUCUGCGACGGCAGUCUCGCCGGCAACAGACUUUUUCAGAGCAGGGGGACAUAGUCUUCUUGCUACGCAACUACGUUCCAAACUACAAGAAAUAUUUCAGGUCAGCCUCUCGAUCCGGCAGAUAUUCGAUGCACCUACGGCAGCAGAAUUGUCUGCUGUAAUCACGAAGUCUGAGAAGAUCCUUCGUCAAGAGCCACUGUAUAUCAACAAUGAUAUUCAACAUGGAGCGCUUACUGAACUCUCGAACGCUCAAUUUCGCGUCUGGUUCCAGACCUUGUUGAACCCAAAGGAUCCUUGGUACAACUCUGGGUUUACCCUCCGAUUCGCAAGGUGUCUCCAUGAAGAGGUUUUGGAGAGAACUUUGAAUGAGAUUGUGAUGCGUCAUGAAAUCCUUCGGACUCUUAUCGUGGAACAAAAUGGUGUACCGAUGCAGUUGCUCACAGAUCAGAUACCUCAUCUGGAAAAAAUCGAUCUGCUUAGCUUGGACGACAUAGAACACGCCAAAGCAAGUGUACGUGAACAUCUGCUGCGACCUUUCGAUCUCGAUCGCGAAAUACCUAUCCGCCCUGUGCUAUUUCGCAGAGGCGAACAGCAUAUUUUGUUGAUAUCAAUACAUCAUAUUGCUACCGACGGCUUCUCCCACGACAUUUGGAGAAGGGAAUUGACAACUAUCUAUCCAGCUAUGCUAGCUGGUGAAUCAUCGCCUCUGCGAGCUCUACACUUGCAAUAUAAUGAUUUUGCAAUGUGGCAGCGUUCUGAGGAAAACCGUCGACUCGUGGAUUCCGAGCUCGAUUACUGGAUUCCAUAUCUGAAAGGCAGCCGACCGGCAAGACUGCCUGUUGACUUCACCCGUAGCUCGGCUCAUAGUGAGGCUGGCACCUCGACCUUUGAAUGUGAUCAAGAGUUGAAAGAUCGUCUUCAAAUAAUUUGCAAAAACGAGCGCGUAACGUGGUUCAUGCUGCUCAUCGCUGCAUUCCGCGCUCUACAGUUCCAAUGGACAGGCCAGUCUGACGCCUCACUGGGAAAUCCAAUUGCCAAUCGCCAUCACUCGGAGUUCGAAUCUCUACUGGGUUUCUUCGUCAACACACAAGUCGUUCGACUGAAAUGUCAGAAUCAUAUGCCAUUUUUGGAUCUUCUUCGCCAAACACGCGACUUGACUCUGAAAGCCUUCGAUCAUCAACAUGCGCCCUUUGAAAAGAUCGUCGAGACAUUGAACCCUUCUCGUUAUGCUCUGCAAAAUCCUUUGGUCGAAAUCAUGUUUGCUUUCCAGACGACGAGCACAGCGCCAUUCAAUCUAGCUGGUAUACCGGUCUCAUACUUUGGCAUCAACAACUUGACUACUCGUUUUGACCUAGAAGUUCAUUGGGAGGACAGACCAGACCAUUUACGAUGUGUCAUGUUCUAUCGGCUCGAUGUUUUCAAGGCCUCAACAAUUGAAAAAUUUGGACAUGAGCUCGUCGUAUUACUCGAAACCAUAGCGGACAACGCGGAUACACUGCUCAUGACUGACCACUUGGAGUCAGAAACCAUCGAACUAGAGUCUUAUGCUCCGUUGCCUGAGUUUCUAGCCUCCGUUCAGGGCCCAGAUGGACCCCCACAGAACGCGACCGAGCGAACAAUCAUCUCUGUUUUUGAGAUCGUUUUGGGACAAGAAGAACUCACGCGCCAAUCUCAUUUCUUUGAGCUCGGAGGCCACUCACUCCUUGUGACACUAGCUUGCUCCAAGCUGAAGAAGGCAUUGCUCAAGGAGGUCAAGAUUGUCGAUAUUUUCUCAUACCCAACGCCUGCAGCACUCGCUAUCAGAGCUCAUGAGUUGUCAGAUACUCGAGUCGUUCAGAUGCCCACCCCAAUCAAUUCCGAGGACAAAGCGGAUCGCGAUGUUACCUCCCCGACACUACAAGAAAUGCCUCCUUACUAUAGAUUCCGAACAUUGCCCGGUAAACCCUUGCUCUUCUGCCUUCCCAUGGCGACGGGAAUAGGCUCGGUCUUCGCAAGGCUUGCACUCAAGACCGACGAGUUCUGCACCGUGGCAAUGAACGACCCAUUCCUCAACAAAGCAGAAGCCGGCACCAAAAGUAACGGAUCCAGCUCGAGCAUGGAAGACCUCGCCGCAUCAUACUAUAAAGAGAUCCUCAAUAUCGAGGAAAAUCUCAAUCGCAGCCAUCCGAGCGAAGACCACACCAACAAGCCUCCACCACUGAGUCUCCUUGGCUACUCCUUCGGAGGCAAUGUCGCCAUCGAGGUCGCCCGCCUCGCACAACGCGACCACCGCGCCGUAAACCUCUUCCUCAUCGACUCCGCCGUCGCGAAAAUCCCCUCUACUCAACAAGUCAUCCAGCAGAGCGCUGAUCUAGGCUUCAAGGACAUUGGCUCCGCAUCCGACAUCGAAGCGAAGAUCCAAUCGACCAUUGCGCAGACCGUUGCUGCUGCUACUGAACGAGCGCUCUCUUCCCUGAUACCCCGCGACACGUCUGUAGGAGGGGAGACAGAGAAGGGAGAGGGUGGCUUGGAGAAGUUCCGCGAGUGUGCAGAGAUCAAUGUUAGACGUCUGCUUGGUCAUGAGAUGGGAUUUUAUGAGGGGAAUGUCACGUUGUUCCGCUCGGAGUCAAAUGUGUUUCAUGGGCUAGGGGAGAAGGUGAGACGUUUAGAAGAGGUUGCGUUGCAGGGGGGACAUUAUGAGUUGCUAGACUAUUCGAAGGAGCAGAGAGAGGCUAUUGCUGACAGGAUUUCUUCGGUUCUAAAUGGGCGGCGCGUAGUGGGGUGA